UGCACUCACCCGUAAUCAACCACCACGCGUUCCUUCCAAAGGAAGGAUAAUUAGCAAAGUAUGCGGCACGCAAGGGCUGAAGUGUGUCCUUUGGCAGGGAAUGGCCUUUUUGCGGUGGUCAGAUGGAACAGUACAGGAGUAAGAGCAAGCUAGGUAUAAGGAAUGGGGAGCAGGGCGUUAAGCGGUCGCUCCGCAUAGAUCGAAAACUGGAAAAACCCGAAAGUUCGCCUCACAAAGUAAAACGAAAGAAGAUUAAAGCGAACAGCAGAUGAAAGGCGAGAAUAUACAAACACAAAAAACCCAAAAUCAAACAAAAACUACUUGUAAGAUAGUGGACGCGAUGUGUCGAUGAGAUAAGUAGCUGAGAGGUAUGUAACGAGAGUGAGUCAGUCCUACCUAGCGCGAAUGAGAACCCCGCAUCGCGAGGCACGAGGCAGAGGAGGAGGACGGUGUGUGCUUUUGGAUCGCUUUUUGCAUUUCGUUUAGGUUUCCACUUCUACUUCUUCCUCUUGUACCGUUUGUUACAGAAGCGUCUGGACGUGAUGCUUCUUCGAUAUCGUUGAGGACACCUUCAACACAGUCGAGCAAAAGGCAUGUUAGUCCGGCAUUGUUAGUCCGGUCAUGAUCAUACUCUUCUCUAAUAAUAUGCGCCCACGUUCUGUUUUCAUCGCUGUGUAAAAGUGUAUAGAUGUUUUGUUGUCUCAGAAAAUGCGCUUUUUCUUCUUUGUAAAUGUAUGUGCGUGUGUCGUAUAUGUGUGGUGGCUAAGGGGGUCUGGGUGCAUAACGUUGUAUCUUCCACGCCAAGAUGCACGCGCGUGUAUCAGACGGAAGGCCAAGCACCAUCGCCCCAACACCCCAAAAGAUACGCUCUAAUUCGUGCAAAAACAGGCAGAAAAUUCGUAACCAAAUAGAUGUAACAGUGCAGAGAAAAAGGGGUGCAAAGGGACAUCAUGGAAUCGAAUCCUCGAUCCUACUCUCGUACCCAAUGCUAUCGUGCUGGUGAUCACGCACCGAAAAGUGUUUGCACUGUGUAGCUAAUUGUAGCUAACUAACUAUCCUUAUCGGGAAACUGAGCAAGGAUGAGUGUAGUGGAAGCACUGGAAAGAGAUAAUGGCGCAGCGAAGUAAAAAAAGUGAAAUAAACAGAGAGAGAGAGAGAGUGGCAGAGAGAAGAAACUUUAUAACAAAGCAUUAAUAUUAGGUAGGCCUGUGACACGCGUGUGCGCGCUUUUCCUGCGUUUUUGUUUUCAAAAAACUAACCGAUGGGAAAGUGAGAAUUCUAUUAAAGAGCAGAAAAGAGCAGAGAAAGAGAGAGAAAGAGAAAGAGAUUAAUGAUAAAGAGAAAUAUUAAUUUUGGAUUGUGCGCUGCCUCGAAGAUCUUGUAACGAUCACGCUCGCAUAUCGUGUCCAUCAUAAUGAUCACCACCGUCUGCGCAGAUACAGCCAAGAAAAGCGCUGUCUUGCACCGGCAAGCACCACCGACAUUUGGUCGAACGCGAAUAUCCCGAAGAACUUUUUUUUUAUCAUUCACAACCAUUAUUCCCAGCUCCCCCGAACCGGAGGUGAAUCAAGCAUCGUGUCUGUGCUGUGCCGUUUCUUUCGGAACAAUUUUAAGGAAGAAGUGACGCGGAAGCGAUGGGUUAGCCAUAACGCUAGUUGGACCGAUAUGAGGAAAUAAACAGCAAAACCAACCACCAAUCACGAUACCGCCACGCGGGAUAUGGCCACAAUAGCAAAAAUCUGUUGAGCCACGUUUCUCUCUUUUUCGAACGAUACUGCCGGUUCGUCGAUCGUUACAUCUGUCGAACGGAUGUUGGCUCGUGCUCCUAGGGAAAGAUAAGCGAUUAUUUUUGUGAAAGUGCAAGAAUUGAUUGAAGACGUAAUAGGAACACGAUAAAUGACUCUGACGGACCGGACACGGACACGCGCCCAUCAGAUCGCACAGAGGGGUGAGCGAGAGUGAGAAUGAAGAUAUAGCGACCACAGAGAGAGAGAGAGAGAGAGAUAGUAGAGUGCAAGAGUAAAUGGUAACAAAAACAACCUUGGGGACAACAGAUCGAUGUGAGGAUCAUUGAUUGAUAUAACACUUUUAAUAAGUAAUGAAUUAUUAUGAUUAUGAUUAUUAUUAUUAUUGAGUAAUUAAUAAAACAGAGGUAAAAUACUAAAACCAA